CACCUCACCUGCCCCGGGCACCGGCGUCGGAGGAGGAGGAGGCCGGGGAGGAGCCCGCGGCGCCGGAGUCCAGCGCAAAGUGAAACUCCGGGAAGCCGCGCGCCCUCCGGCGGGGCCGCGUCCCGGCUCCCCUCGGCCAGCAGCGGCUAUGGCUCUGAGCAAAGGGCUGCGGCUGCUGGCGCGGCUGGACCCCACGGGCCCGGGCAGCGUGCUGCUGGAGGCGCGGGGCCGUGAUGACUGCCUGCUCUUCGAGGCCGGCGCGGUGGCCACGCUGGCUCCGGAAGAGAAGGAAGUCAUUAAAGGACAGUAUGGCAAGCUGACGGAUGCUUAUGGCUGCCUCGGGGAGCUGAGGUUAAGAUCCGGUGGCAUCCCCUUGAGUUUUCUGGCGUUGGUGACAGGCUGCACAUCAGUGGGCAGAAUUCCAGACGCGGAAAUCUUCAAAAUUACUGCCACUGAGUUUUACCCCCUGCAGGAAGAGGCCAAGGAAGAGGAUCGCCUGCUCGCCUUGAAGAAAAUCCUGAGCUCAGGGGUAUUUUAUUUCGCAUGGCCCAAUGAUGGCUCCUGUUUUGAUCUGACCAUCAGGGCACAGAAACAGGGUGAUGACUGCUCUGAAUGGGGAACCUCCUUCUUCUGGAACCAGCUAUUGCAUGUGCCCCUGAGGCAGCACCAGGUGAGCUGCUGUGACUGGUUGCUGAAAGUCAUCUGUGGGGUGGUGAGCAUCCGCACGGUGUACGCCUCCCACAAGCAGGCCAAGGCCUGUCUCAUCUCUCGCAUCAGCUGUGAACGUGCAGGUGCUCGCUUCCUCACCCGUGGUGUAAAUGACGAUGGCCACGUGUCCAACUUCGUGGAGACAGAGCAGACGAUUUACAUGGAUGAUGGGGUAUCGUCCUUUGUCCAGAUCCGAGGCUCCGUCCCGCUGUUCUGGGAGCAGCCAGGGCUUCAGGUUGGCUCCCAUCAUCUGAGGCUACACAGAGGCCUAGAGGCCAACGCCCCUGCUUUUGAAAGGCACAUGGUGCUUCUGAAGGAGCAGUACGGGAAGCAGGUGGUCGUGAACCUGCUGGGAAGCAGAGGUGGUGAGGAGGUGCUCAACAGGGCUUUCAAGAAGCUGCUCUGGGCUUCUUGCCACGCAGUCGACACGCCUAUGAUAAAUUUUGACUUCCAUCAGUUUGCCAAAGGUGGGAAGCUAGAGAAAUUGGAGAACCUGCUAAGGCCUCAGUUAAAGCUACACUGGGAUGACUUUGGUGUGUUUGCAAAAGGCGAGAAUGUAAGUCCACGUUUUCAGAAAGGCACUCUGCGGAUGAACUGUCUCGACUGCCUGGACAGAACCAACACUGUGCAGCGCCUCAUUGCUCUUGAGGUCCUUCACCUGCAGCUUGAGAGCCUGGGGCUGAAUUCAAAGCCCAUCACUGACCGCUUUGUGGAGUCCUUCAAAGCCAUGUGGUCUCUGAAUGGGCAUGGCCUGAGCAAGGUGUUCACAGGGAGCAGGGCCCUGGAAGGAAAGGCCAAGGUGGGGAAGCUGAAGGAUGGGGCCCGAUCCAUGUCUCGUACCAUCCAGUCCAACUUCAUCGAUGGGGUGAAACAGGAGGCCAUCAAGCUACUGCUAGUUGGAGAUGUCUACAACGAAGAGUCCACCGACAAAGGAAGGAUGCUGCUGGGCAACACGGCGCUUCUGGUGACCCCCAGGAUCCUGAAAGCCAUGACAGAACGACAGUCAGAAUUCACGAAUUUCAAGCGGGUCCAGAUUGCUGUGGGAACCUGGAAUGUGAACGGAGGAAAGCAAUUCCGUAGCAAUCUCCUAGGAACCGCUGAGCUCACAGACUGGCUCCUGGAUGGCCCCCAGCUCUCAGGGGCAGUGGACUCCCAGGAUGAUGGCAGUCCUGCUGAUGUAUUUGCCGUGGGGUUUGAAGAGAUGGUGGAGCUGAGUGCGGGAAAUAUUGUCAAUGCCAGCACCACCAACAGGAAGAUGUGGGGUGAACAGCUUCAGAAAGCCAUCUCCCGCUCCCAUCGGUACAUCCUCUUGACCUCCGCACAGCUGGUGGGCGUGUGUCUUUAUAUCUUUGUCCGUCCGUACCAUGUCCCGUUCAUCAGGGACGUGGCCAUCGACACGGUGAAGACCGGCAUGGGGGGAAAGGCGGGGAAUAAGGGCGCCGUGGGCAUCCGCUUCCAGUUCCACAGCACCAGCUUCUGCUUCAUCUGCAGCCACCUGACGGCUGGGCAGUCUCAGGUGAAGGAGAGGAACGAAGACUAUCGGGAGAUUACGCACAAGCUCUCCUUCCCGGCGGGGAGAAACAUAUUUUCACACGAUUAUGUGUUUUGGUGUGGUGACUUCAACUACCGCAUCGACCUUACCUAUGAAGAAGUCUUCUAUUUUGUUAAACGACAAGACUGGAAGAAGCUUAUGGAAUUUGACCAGUUACAGCUACAGAAGUCAAGUGGGAAAAUUUUUAAAGACUUUCAUGAGGGAACCAUUAACUUUGGACCCACCUACAAGUAUGAUGUUGGAUCAGCUGCCUAUGACACAAGUGACAAGUGUCGUACCCCAGCCUGGACAGACAGGGUGCUGUGGUGGAGGAAGAAGCAUCCUCAUGAUAAGACGGCUGAAGAACUCAACCUUCUAGACAGUGAUCUAGAUGGUGAUGCCAAGAUCAGACAUACCUGGUCUCCAGGAACUCUCAAGUACUAUGGCCGUGCGGAGCUGCAAGCAUCUGAUCACAGACCUGUGCUGGCCAUCGUGGAAGUGGAGGUGCAAGAGGUCGAUGCAGGAGCCCGAGAGAGAGUUUUCCAGGAAGUGUCCUCCGUCCAGGGCCCUCUGGAUGCCACCGUCGUUAUAAACCUUCAGUCUCCAACUCUAGAAGAGAAAAAUGAAUUUCCAGAGGACCUGCGCACAGAACUUAUGCAGACUUUGGGGAAUUAUGGGACCAUUGUUCUGGUCAGGAUCAACCAAGGGCAGAUGCUGGUGACAUUUGCAGACAGCCACUCGGCUCUCAGCGUGCUGGGUGUGGAUGGUAUGAAGGUGAAAGGCAGGGCCGUGAAGAUUCGACCAAAGACCAAAGAUUGGCUGGAAGGCUUGAGAGAGGAGCUUGUUCGGAAGCGGGACAGCAUGGCCCCUGUGUCUCCCACCGCCAACUCCUGCUUGCUGGAGGAGAACUUUGACUUCACGAGUCUGGAUUAUGAGUCAGAAGGGGAUGUUAUCGAAGAUGAAGAAGACUAUUUGGUGGAUGAGUUUGGCCAGCCUGUGGUCUCAGACAGUGAUCUUGGUGGAGACGACUCUUGUGAUACCACGCGCUCCUCGGCACCUGCCAGCAAAUCUCCCGCACUGGCUAAAAAGAAGCAACACCCAACCUACAAAGACGACGCUGACCUCGUGAAGUUAAAGCAGGAGCUGGAAGCUGCUGGGGAUUUUCGCCACCGUUCUCCGAGCAGGUCCCUGUCCGUCCCCAAUAGGCCUCGGCCACCUCACCCACCACAGAGACCCCCCCCUCCAACCGGUUUAAUGGUGAAGAAGUCGGCCUCAGAUGUGUCCAUCUCCUCUGGCACUCAUGGGCAGUAUUCAAUCUUGCAGACUGCAAAACUUCUUCCAGGGGCCCCUCAGCAGCCGCCCAAGGCAAGAACUGGAAUAAGUAAACCUUACAACGUCAAACAAAUCAAAACCACCAAUGCCCAGGAGGCGGAAGCAGCCAUCCGGUGUCUCCUGGAAGCUGGCGGGGGUAUCCCAGAAGUAGCCCCAGGUCACAUGACCCUGAGAGACCAAGGGUCUUCCAGGCCAGAGCCUAUGUCCCUGGGAGGCAAGCCAGAGGCCUCCCUGGGGCCGCCAGCCCUCCCUCGCCGGCCUGCUCCUAGGGUCCCUGCCAUGAAGAAGCCAACUUUGAGGAGAACAGGAAAGACCAUGUUACCAGAAGAACAGUCUGAGCAGCAGCCUGUCCAGUUUACACUCGCUUCCCAGGAAAUGAGCCUUGAGACCCCUCCUGCAGCGACAGCCCCUCAAGUUCCGCCUGUUCCCAAACCAAGAACAUUUCAGCUUGGGAAAGGUGUUGAGAGGAGGCUGAGCAGUGGCAAGCCAGCACUGGAUGAAGCUCCUCCCAUGACAGGCUCUGUGGAGUUGGCACCUCCAGAGGCCCCGUCCCUGGCUCCCAAGGCGCCCCCACGGAGAAAGAAGUCUGCACCAGCGACCUUCCACCUGCAGGUCUUGCAGAGCAACAGCCAACUUCUCCAGGACCUCACAUGUUCCAGCAGCUCUCCCUCCCCACUGCAGCCUGACACCCACCCGCUCUGUCCACAAGCUGGCCUUCUUGGCACUUCAUCUGCCAUAAGCCCUGAAACUGAUGGCCCCAGAGUGACAGAGCCCACAGCAGCCUCUUCUCAUGGAGAUUAUCCAGAUCCCUUCUGGAGCCUUCUCCACCACCCUAAGCUGUUGAAUAAUAACUGGCUGUCCAAGAGCUCUGAGCCUUUAGACUUGGGGUCCAGGAACCCCGAGAGGACACACAGAGACCCAGCUCAGGUCGGCGCAUCUGUGGCUGAGAGGGGCCUCCCACCAGACCAUGGGGGAAAAGACUUCAGCCACUGGGUGAGAGCCAGUAACAAAGACAAGAGAACAACGUUGGGCGUUUGACCCACUGGCAAGAAGAUGACUAGACUCUGAAGAUGCUCUCAUCCCAAAUGUGGGCAUUGCUUGACCUGGUCAAGUGGGAUGUCAAUUUAAAGCUUCACUGAAGCCCUUUGCUUAUCUGUCAGUCCUGUGUAGUUUACAAACAGCCUCCCAUUCAGUACAGUUAUUAUCCGUCCAGUCACCAAAAUGUUUCACUCAAGUCCUGUGUAUUUUAAGCUUGGUCUCAGGAGAAUGGGAAAUGUGUGGUUGGAUUCAGCAUACAGAAUUUAAAGAAAAAUAUGGGUGCCCGAGAUGCUCUCACCUACUGAAUUUUAAACGGUUGUUCAGUUUAUGUGUGUAUGCCAUUUGCUUGUUUUUGUUUCUGAUUUACAGGUUUUAGAUAAGUGGUAGGCUCAUAAGAGAUGACAUUAAAAGCAGUUGGGACCAUUAAGAGCUGUUCUGGCCCACUUUAAACCAGGUUAAGAAAAAAAUAAAUGAACAGAAUUGAAAACAGCAAAUAGGUCAGUGGCAUGGCUGGGCCAUCCAUUCCUGUGAGCUCUUUUUGUGGAGUGCCCUUCACAGCUACAGUUCUGUUUCUCCAGGCUCUGCAGAAAGACCUCGUCUGCACCGAGACGUGUCUUCUGUUGUAACAGGUGUAAAUUACCUGCAGACAGCUGAACAUGUACAGGAGGGUAGGUAGGAACUACACGACUGUGCCAUUGGGGACCUGAGCAUCUAAGGAUUCGGGUACCUCAGGGAUCCUGGCCAUGAUCUCCCACAGAUACUCAGGUGACUUACCCCUAUGUAUUAGCUUUAUGUAUCAUUCCUGUGAAAGCUGUUGACAACACAAUUUGGGUGGAGCCGCUGACUUCCGCAUGCCCCGUACACCGUCAUGGUCUGGAGCUAUGGUGUGCUGCUUAAACCCAUUAGGAAGCUGAUCCAAGACAGCAAGUCUGGGCUUGCUGUUGUCUGUAUGUCUGUCAGGUCUGUUGCCUCUCCAUUUUCAUGCACUUCCAAUACUUCUCGUCUCUUCAAGAAUUGACAGAUUCCAUGAUGCUGCUUUAUAUCUUUAAAAUGCUGUGAGGUCUAGAAUCUACUUGAAGCAGACACCACAUUUUUGUAUAUGAAAAGCUCAUUAGCUGAAGAAGACCGAGUUGGGUGGGUCACAAGGUCAAGGCCAGCCUGGGCAACAGAGCAAGAUCCCUUUUUUCAGAAAGAAAUUCAUUGGCAAAUCUUAUUAUGCCAAGGCCACACUUAGGAUUCUUUUACACCACAGGCCCAUCCAGGAGUAUCCAGUGUUGCCCUUACAAGCAAUGAAUCCUGCAGUGAAUCCUGAUGCCUGGGACCAUCACAGCCAUUCAUUCCUCAUUGCCCACCAGUCUGCUGGGGUUUCAUAAAUUAUUUCACUGUCACAUUCAACAUAUCCUGCAAAUUAUUUAAAUCUGGCAUUCAAGAACAAGACUCCAUGUAUCUACUUUAAUCUGAAAACUGAUCAGAGAAAAAGGAGCAGCUAACCCCAGAGAUAAGCAGGGGCCUGGAGUUAGGGCUCAGCAGUUAAAAGCACUGGCUGCUCUUCUAGAGGACCCAGGUUUGAAUCUCAGCACCUACAUAGUGGCUCACAACCAUGUGUAACUCCAAUCCCACAGGACCCAAUGUUCUCUUCUGGUCUCUGAGAGCACUGUAUGCACAAGGUGUACAGACAUAUAUGCAGUCAAAGAAAAUAAAAAAUACCAAUAAAAUAAUGGAAAAAAAUUAAAGAUGACAUGUAGAUGAUCAGGGUGCUUUCUGUGGCCCUUAAGAUUGUGUAGUUCACCUCCUGUGUUCGUUCUACAAAUAAAACCUUAUAGAAAGCAUCAGAGAAGAAAGUGAAGUGGCUGCUGGGAGAUGCUAAAGGGUUGGCCACAACGUUUCUUCCCAAAAGUGCAGUCAGGAAUGGGGGAAACUUAACUUUUAAAAACUCAGAUGCCCUCUUCUUAUCUAUACCUUCUUUUCCCACCACAGAAGAGGUAAAUCUGCCAGCAGACAAAUGUAGCCCUCCAGUCAGAAGAGGUAAAUCUGCCAGCAGACAAAUGUAGCCCUCCAGUCAGAAAGGCAGCAGGGAGCUCAGCUCCCAAGAUGACCUGGUGUGAGAAGAACUCCAGCGUGUAGUUUUCUUUGCUCUACAUAGCAAUCGACUGGCACAGAAGCCAGGAGCCCCCUAAGGCGUGCUCAUCAGAGCAGCAGCUGCUCCCAGAGUCUAAAAGUGAAGAACCAACACGCAGGACGGUGAGUCAAAAGAAAAAGUGGAGUGUUGAGAACUGAAUAAGCCAGGUGGUGGUGGCACAUGCCUUUUAUCCGGGCCUCCAGAAGAAGAGGCAGGGGGAUCUCUGUAAAUUCAAGGCCAGCGUGGUCUACAUAGUGAGAUCCAGUCUCAAGAAAGGUUAAAGAAAAAAAAAUAGUUGGGAUGGUCUAUUUUUUUUUUUUUUUAAUCAGUGCUUACGAGGGCAUCUUAAGCCAGCUGCAGUUGGUUGAUAGUAAUGGUUGAUAAUAAUAAUGUGGGCACUGAGCAACCGCCACCCUGAAGGCUCCAUUUUGCCUUGGGUCUGUUUGUUGCUUUUGGUCUGCCUCAGUUAACAUGACUGCCAUUGCUUUGAAACAAUAUGCAGUUUACCACAUUGUUUCAGGUAAUGCUGACAAUUUCACAUGGUCUCUGACCUGAGUACAGAUUGUUUCAGAUUUCCUACACAUUAAAAUAAAUUGUAAAGGUGACUGAAAUUAGGAAAUGUCAAGAAAUUUUUACAAAGAUUUAGAGUUGCUAAAGUUUGAGAUACUUAAAAAAUUCCCUGAGGGAAGUCAUAUGUUAAAGAAUUGGCUUUAGAUGGUCAUUUUGUUGAGAAGGAAAACUGUGAAAAUUAUAGCCAGAGAUUAGUGACUAAUAAAAGUCUGAAGUGUA